GUGACGCUCCGCUGGUACAUCACACGCGUGCUCGCAACGCAACCAGUCUACACAGAGACGUUUCCGGAGCGAGAAUUUCAGCUGUAACGCUACAAAAAAAAAAUCAGGAUGGAGACCAAACCAGUAAUAACCUGCCUGAAGACCCUUCUCGUCGUCUAUUCCUUCGUGUUUUGGAUAACUGGGGCUAUCCUGUUGGCGGUGGGAAUAUGGGGCAAGAUAAUGCUGGGACCCUACAUCUCGCUGAUCGCCGACAACUCCACCAACGCGCCCUACGUCCUCAUCGGCACCGGGACCGUCAUCGUGGUGUUCGGCCUGUUCGGAUGCUUCGCCACCUGCAGGGGGAGCCCCUGGAUGCUGAAGCUGUACGCCAUGUUCCUCUCUCUGGUCUUCCUGGCCGAGCUGGUGGCCGGCAUCUCUGGAUUCGUCUUCCGUCACGAGAUAAAGGGAACCUUUUUAAGGACGUACACCGACGCUGUGCUCAACUAUAAUGCUGAAAACGAAGCAAGCGUCGCUGUAGACUAUUUACAGCACCAUCUGCGCUGCUGUGGUGUGUACAACUACACUAGCUGGCUGGCCAGUGUUUACUACCCGGCCAACGGCAUCCCCCCCAGCUGCUGCCUCAACUCGGCUGACUGCAGCACGCAGGACCUCCGCAACGCAACCGCCGCCCCCACCAAGGUCUAUCACCAGGGUUGCUAUGAGUUGGUGACAUCUUUCAUGGAGACCAACAUGGCCAUCAUCGCUGGUGUCACGUUUGGAAUAGCCUUCUCUCAGUUGAUUGGCAUGCUGCUGGCCUGCUGUCUGUCCAGGAUCAUAACAGCCAAUCAGUACGAGAUGGUUUAGCUGAUGUGGUAUUUCCAGGGUGAUGAAGAGCGGAGAGAACAAAUUUGCACCUUAUAUGAGGUUAUAAACGAGGAGGCGACAACUAGCACACUACUGAAUGAAAAUGAAUCUCCCUCUCUCUCUCUCUCUCACUGUCACUCUCUCUCUGUCACUCUCUCUCUGUCUGUGACCUUAAUGUAAUACCUUAAUGUAACUUCCUUGUAAAAGCACCAUUCCUUAACACACCGCUGUAGAUGUGCUCAAUGCUUCCGUGCAAUCCUUUACUUUUCCGCUGGGUCUAGAGGUCGCUCAUGGGGAUGUAUGCAGGGGUUCGGGGAACACAUAGCACUCUGAAAGCUUUCUAUUGUUUGAUGCCUUAUUUGGCACAACUUGAUCUCACAGAUGAAGGCAAUAUGAUCCACGUUUACUGGAUUGCGACAUUGUCCAGGAACAAUCUUUCUACCGUAAUAAAGGCCAAACGAAAACCAAAAACGACCAUGACUUGGAUUUGGUAUCUAUGAUAAUAUAUCAAAAGUUGAUAUUAUUAUAUUUUUUGAAAAAAUUAUACAAUGACAAAUCUGGUUACUAUUUUAUUGGACAUAUAUUAUCAAAGCUUUAUUGAGCAGAGAAUAUCAGACAUACAUAUCCUAUUGAAGAUAAUGUCUCAUGAAAAUGGACUUUCAUUGUUUUGAGAGCUUCUGGACUUUUGGUUGAGGCAAAAUAUGUUUAGUGUACUGCAUUUGCAAUUAAUUAGUUAAGAUUAAGUUAUCAAUUAAGUGUAGUGUAAUGAUACGUUAUAAACUAAAUGUGAAGUGAAUGUGAAAUCGUUGUGCACACCCCGCAAAAGGGGCAAUGUAUAUAAACAUGAAAUGGAGAUUUUACCCAGAUUCAAUAGGCUUAUGUUGAUUCUAGGUACAUAUACAAACAGAAUUUUGAUAAACAUUUUAAAGGAUAUUUCUUGCGUCUUUGGUUUUACCUCGUGAUCGAACUUUAAAUAACAUGGCAUUUUUCCCCUGACUGGUUACAACACAUGUUGUACCUAGCCACAUUUUGCUAGUUAUUUUAUUUUGGUUGUCUUAGCCACAGUUAACAUUUCCCCUUCAAUUUCCUUUAAAGUUCAAUGGGAGGUUCUUUUACCCUCCUAUACGGUCUGAAGAAACAAAAAACAAAAAGUUAUAAUGAUAGUUUCAAUCCUAUGGAAACUUAAAAUGUGGAAAUUUGUUUUACCAUUAUCAUAGAUGAUAGAGGAGUCAUUGGUUGUAUGAGUUAAACCUUUUCUUCUCUUUCUUCUUUUCCUCAUUCUCUAUAGUUCUGAUUUAUUCCGAAAUGACUUGGGUUGUUAUUAUUUGCUUUGCAUUGAUCCUGAUAUCAUCAUAUUUAAGAAAAUGAACUGCGUCAGCAUUUUAUCCCUGCAUUUUAACAUGUUCUCAGACUGUAGAUAUGUAAACAAUAUAUGUUAAUGUGGAUGAUGUAAUGUUUCACCUAAUCUGGAUAAUAUGCUAAAGGUAGGCUUUUGCUAUCACUCUGUAUUUGUUUGAGAUUUAUGUUUGCUUCGCACGUGAUGGCAAACCACAUAAUGUACAUUUAUUGAUAGUUUUGUUCACGGCCAAUUUAAACAGCUUUGUAUUUGCGUGCACGUGGCUGCAUGCCUGUUAAUGCGCAUGCGUGCUGGUCAAUCUGCGGGACUGACUGAACUUGUGUGCGCGCUUCUUGUGUAAACAUUAAUCAUUUGAUGGUCGUCGUCCGUUUAUCUAAAUGUUUUGCUUAUCAGUCUGAAAAUUAUUUAGUGACUAAAUUUCCCAGUGGAAUUUAAUUUAAUUUCUCGAACAAACUAAUGUAAAUAAUGAAUUGUAAUUCUAUCCAGCAUACACAUGGGGUCACCAGAGACUCAACAACUACUAACCAUGCUAUUGUCAUUCUUCUCUAAAAUGCCAUCAGUGGUCUUAAUAUUAAUAAAUAUUCAGAAUAACGGUUUGACUGAGUUUUGUGUCUUACAUAUGAGUGUUGGGAUAUUAUGUGUUUUAACAGAGCUUUUC